UGACCAAAACAUUGCCAUGUGAUCGUCAAAUCGAGAGGGAAAUGAGAAAUGAUUGAAACGCAAAAAGCUGAUGAUAAAACUCCAAAACAUGUACGGCAAGAAGUGAUUUUAUUCGAAAUGGAUUAUUGCAAGAUUGAUGGAGAGACCCAGGUUGUGGAACUCCCAGAGAAAAGUGAAUUUACCUAUGAUUUUCCAUCUUGCCAGAAAAGUAUUCCUUAAUUUACCUAAAAGAGUCCUUUUGACGUCCGACUCAUGUACACUUAUUGAGAUCGUCGGAGGAAAUGUCCAAGAGCAGCACUUGAGUCUGCACAUAGCCUGCCCUGCCAAAUGCUUCAAGGUCCUUUACACCUAUCACCCUGACAGGGUGGACAUUCACUACCUGAUUUUGGAUGCCAGUAAUUAUUUGCACAUUGUCGAAAGAUGCCCCAAGCUGAAGGAAAUCUCCAUUUUUGAAAACGUGGAGCAAGUAAAAAUUUGCAGCAGUGACGAGACAGGAGAGCCCGAGUGCCGAAUUAGGAGAAGGUGUUGGGAGACUUUGCAGCCAGGCUGUUUUCAAACCAAGUCUACUCUAGUGCGUGACCCUCCUAAGGUGGAUGCCGUCUCUCCUCCUUUAAACAACGCUUUAGAGAGCUUUUUAGAAAGACUGAAAUUUUUAAAAAUCAUUUUGAUGAAGAAACGUUUGCUACGGGCAAAUAUAAUCAACAGCCUAGACUUCGAAAUGGAUGAGUUGAGCCAUGUUAAAGUUGAAUAUUGCCAGUUCUUUGUUCUGCACGGAAGACUUGUUUUUGCAGCCAAAAUUAAAAAUGUUUCCUCAAUUGGAAUAAAAGAUGUAACUUUAGUUGCCCUAACGUCUUCAAACCUCAACUUGUCGCAGCUGACACCGACAGCCGAGUUGGCCGAGGGAGAAACCACCAUUAGGACUGCCACUUUUGAAGUGCCUCCUCAAGAAUUUUACUUGAGCAUCGAGUAUUUUGUUAAUGACUUAAAGCACUGCCUGCCUCUUGCAACCUCACAUGCAAAGACUGUGAUCAAUCUGCACCAGCGCCUCAAAAGCAUAGGUAUUGGCGACUGCGUUCAAAUUUUUCCCAGCGUCAGUUCAAAGUUGGCCAAACUGAGCUGGAAGCCAAAUUUUUCCAGCUCCGUAUCGAGAAGCUUGAAAAGAAGCCUCAAGUUUUUGCCGUUGAUAGAAGACUCAAUUAAUAGAAUCGCUCUCUCCACUUGUGACCAUCCUGACCUCAGAGGGUCAAUCCUCAUAGAAUUUUUUCAGAAAAAUCAAGCUCUACUUUUCUUUAGAGAUGCUGUGCAACUGAGGAUUUUGACUUUUUUGUUGGGCCCCUUGCCUGUGUUUAUAAGGACAAGUCAACAAAGAGAACUAGAAUCAGAAAAGUGUACCAUCUCUACGGAUGUUGCCCUCAUCAGGGAGGUUCAGGUUACGUCCAGGAAACCCAUUCCAAUACCUGCAUAUUUCCAAGUUUUGCAAGAUUUGAUCCACAGAAUGUCUAUUUUCAAGAGGUGAAUAAAUAUUGUGUUGUCUGUCCAAAUUUUUAUAUUAUUAUUUUUCAUUUAUAUUAGGUGAAUUAAGAAAGAAAAAAACUGAACUGAAUAAAACAAUGUUAUAUUUAUUUUUAUCUACACACGUUUGUAUUGCAUAGCAAAGAAAACUUAAAAACAUCUGGGUCAAAAGAAUUUUGUGACAUUGUAUGAAUACAUACAAACAAAUCCUGGGUUUGUUACCUACAUACUUGUUCAAUAUUUAUAAAUGGAAUAAGUUCAUUUUGGCAGUGGGGCGAGGCAAUUUUUAACAUAAUUAUACUGCUUGGAAAUAAAUAUUGC